CCGGAGGCGGGGGCGCGGCAGUGCUUGCUGCGGGCUUGCGAGGCCGAGGGCGCCCAGUUGGCCUUCGUGCCCUUCGGGGAGCUCGACUUCGGGGAGACAGCCAUGCUAGACGCCUUCUACGACGCAGAUGUCGCCGUGGUGGACAUGAGUGACGUCUCCCGACAGCCUUCCCUCUUCUACCAUCUUGGAGUCCGCGAGAGCUUCAACAUGGCCAACAAUGUGAUCCUGUACCACGACACGGAUGCUGACACUGCUCUCUCAUUGAAAGAUAUGGUAACACAGAAAAACACAGCAUCUAGUGGAAAUUAUUACUUCAUCCCAUACAUCGUGACGCCGUGCGCAGAUUAUUUGUGCUGUGAGAAUGAUGUCCAGAGACAUGCGUCAGAGUACAUGCAGCCCAACUGGGACACUGUCCUGGGCCCACUGUGUGUGCCCCUGGUGGACAAGUUCUUCAGCCUCCUCAGGGACAUCCACGUGACCUCAUGCACUUACUACAAAGAAACCUUGUUGAAUGACAUCCGGAAAGCCAGAGAGAAAUACCAGGGUGAUGAACUGGCAAAGGAGCUGGCUCGGAUCAGACUCCGCAUGGACAACGCAGAGGUUCUGACUUCGGACAUCGUCAUUAAUUUACUGCUGUCCUACCGCGAUAUCCAGGACUAUGAUGCGAUGGUGAAGGUGGUAGAGACACUAGAAAAGUUGCCUACGUGUGACUUGACCGAUCAGCAUAAUAUCAAGUUCCACUAUGCAUUUGCACUGAAUAGGAGAAACAGUGUGGGUGACCGUGAGAAGGCGCUUCAGGUCGUGCUCCAGGUUCUGCAGAGCAGUGACCACCCGGCCCCCGACAUGUUCUGCCUGUGUGGGAGGAUCUACAAGGACAUUUUCUUGGAUUCUGACUGUAAAGAUGACGCCAGCCGAGAUAGCGCCAUUGAGUGGUAUCGCAAAGGGUUUGAGCUCCAGUCAUCUCUUUAUUUGGGAAUUAACCUUGCAGUUUUGCUGAUAGUUGCUGGACAACAAUUUGAAACUUCCAUGGAACUAAGGAAAAUAGGUGUCCAGUUGAACAGUUUGUUGGGAAGAAAAGGGAGCCUGGAGAAAAUGAACAACUACUGGGACGUGGGGCAGUUCUUCAAUGUGAGCAUGUUGGCCAGUGAUGCCGGGAAGGCCGUCCAAGCAGCAGAGAAGUUGUUCAAACUGAAACCUCCAGUCUGGUACCUGCGAUCAUUAGGUCAGAACUUACUAUUAAUUCAACGCUUCAAGAAAUCCAUUAUUGAACAUUCACCCAAGCAAAAACAGCUGAACUUCUGGUUAGACAUAAUUUUUGAGGCAACAAAUGAAGUUAAUAAUGGACUCAGAUUUCCAGUUCUGGUGAUAGAACCAACCAAAGUCUACCAGCCUUCUUACAUUUCCAUAAACAAUGAAGCUGAGGAGAGAACGGUUUCUUUAUGGCACGUCUCACCCUCGGAAAUGAAACAAAUCCAUGAAUGGAAUUUUACAGUGUCUUCCAUUAGGGGAAUAAGCAUAUCCAAGUUUGAUGAGCGGUGUUGUUUUCUUUACGUCCAUGAGAAUUAUGAUGACUUUCAAAUCUACUUUUCCACUGAAGACCAGUGUAGUCGGUUCUGCUCUUUGGUCAAAGAGAUGUUAACCAAUACGAUGGGCAAUACAGUAGAAAUGGAAGGAGAGACCGAUGGAGACACCUUAGAGUAUGAGUAUGACCUUGAUGCAAAUGGGGACAGAGUUGUGUUGGGGAAAGGCAUAUACGGGAUCGUGUAUGCCGGAAGAGAUUUGAGCAAUCAAGUACGAAUAGCCAUCAAAGAAAUCCCAGAGAGAGAUAGCAGGUACUCUCAGCCUCUGCAUGAGGAGAUUGCCCUGCACAAGUACCUCAAGCACCGCAAUAUUGUCCAAUACCUGGGCUCUGUCUCAGAGAAUGGCUACCUUAAGAUAUUUAUGGAGCAGGUACCUGGAGGAAGUCUUUCUGCCCUUUUGCGAUCAAAAUGGGGGCCAAUGAAGGAGCCCACGAUCAAGUUUUACACCAAGCAGAUCCUGGAAGGUCUUAAGUACCUCCACGAAAACCAGAUCGUGCACAGAGACAUAAAGGGUGAUAAUGUUCUGGUAAAUACCUACAGUGGAGUGGUGAAAAUUUCUGAUUUUGGAACCUCUAAACGUCUGGCAGGAGUGAAUCCGUGUGCAGAGACUUUUGCUGGCACUCUGCAGUACAUGGCGCCAGAGAUUAUUGAUAAAGGACCUCGUGGGUAUGGUGCCCCAGCUGAUAUCUGGUCCCUGGGCUGCACCAUCAUUGAGAUGGCAACCAGCAGGCCUCCAUUCCAUGAGCUUGGUGAACCCCAGGCAGCAAUGUUCAAAGUGGGGAUGUUUAAGAUCCACCCGGAGAUUCCACAAGCCCUUUCAGCUGAAGCCAGAGCCUUCAUUUUAUCCUGUUUUGAGCCUGAUCCCCACAAACGUGCCACAGCUGCUGACCUGCUCAAGGAGGGUUUCUUAAGGCGGGGGAGCAAGGUCAAGAAGAACCUAAUUGCUUUCAAGCCGUCAGAGGGGCUGCAGACCGAGGCCUUGGACCUGCCUGCACCAGAGGAGCUGGUGGGCAGUGGCGGCAGUAGCAGUGAGCACAGCUCCGCUUCCCCUGACUCGGAUGCCCAGCCUGACGGGUUCUUUGAGAAGGCCCAGGCCCCGGCCUCUGAGGGGUUAGGCAAGCAACCCCUCAGUUGCCACUUCAGUGUUCCAGAUGAAAGUGCUGCCUCGGGCCCAGAGGACAGGGACCUGGGCCUCUUCCUGCUGCGCAAGGACAGCGAGCGCCGCGCCGUCUUGUACAAAAUCCUGUGGGAGGAGCAGAGCCGGUUGGCUUCUAAGCUGCAGGAGUGUGUGGCCCAGAGUUCAGAAGAGUUGCACCUCUCAAUUGACCACAUCAAGCAAAUAAUUGGGAUCCUGAGGGACUUCAUACACUCCCCGGAGCACAGGGUGAUGGCAUCCACAAUUUCAAAGCUGAAGGUGGACCUGGACUUUGACAGUUCAUCCAUCAAUCAGAUUUACCUGGUACUGUUUGGAUUUCAGGAUGCUGUAAAUCAGAUUUUGAGGAACCACUUAAUUAAGCCCCACUGGAUGUUUGCUAUGGACAAUAUCAUCCGCCGAGCAGUGCAGGCCGUGGUCACCAUCCUCAUCCCAGAGCUACAAGCACACUUUGAUGCUGCAUCUGAGAUGGAAGGGGUAGGUAAGGACGCAGAGAUGGAUGAGGACUACCCUGUGGCAGAGCCAAAUGGAAGCAGAACAGCUGGUACCUUCAGAGGGAGCAGACCCAGCUCAGCAGGCUUCCAGGAGAUCCAGCCCCACCACUAUGCCCACCAGCACCUGAGCUGCCAACUGGGCAAGCUCAGGCAGGAGACCACCAGACUUUUGGAAAACUUAAUUCAGAGAGAGCAAGAGUACCAGAAUUUCUUACGGCAAACUCUGGAACACAAAACUCAGGAAUUAUGCCACCUUCAGUUAUACCUCAAAUCUAACGGUAAGAGUCACUUUCCACUGGGUCCGAUUGAUUUGUGUGUGUGAGAUGGUUUAAAAUCUGAUGGAGAGCUUGUGGACUGGUUGGAAGUUCAAGGAGCAGACACUGACACAAUUGAAAAGAUUGCUGCUGAGGGCUAUACGCUCUCUGAUAUUCUCAAUGACAUCACUAAGGAAGAUUUAAGAGACCUGAGACUUCGGUAA